AUGGGCGAGGGCGGGCUGCCCCCGGCCUUCCAGCUGCUGCUGCGCGCCUGCGAUCAGGGCGACACGGAGACUGCGCGGCGGCUGCUGGAGCCGGGGGCUGCGGAACCCGCGGAGCGCGGCGCGGAGCCCGAGGCGGGCGCGGAGCCGGCGGGGCCCGAGGCGGCCGGGCCCGGGGCGGCGGCCGGAGCGCCAGUGCCCGUGGACUGCUCAGACGAGGCGGGCAACACGGCGCUGCAGUUCGCGGCGGCCGGGGGCCACGAGCCGCUGGUGCGCUUCCUGCUGCGACGCGGCGCCUCGGUCAACAGCCGCAACCACUACGGCUGGAGCGCGCUCAUGCAGGCGGCCAGAUUUGGGCACGUGAGCGUGGCACAUCUUCUUUUGGAUCACGGGGCUGAUGUCAAUGCCCAGAACCGCCUGGGGGCCAGUGUGCUCACCGUGGCCUCUCGGGGUGGACACCUGGGCGUGGUGAAGCUGCUCCUGGAAGCUGGUGCCUUCGUGGACCAUCACAAACCCUCAGGCGAGGGGGACGGCGGAGACGAACUGCUGGAUAUCACGGCCCUGAUGGCUGCUAUCCAGCAUGGCCACGAGGCUGUGGUGCGUCUGCUGAUGGAGUGGGGCGCCGACCCCAACCACGAGGCCCGGACUGUGGGCUGGAGCCCGCUGAUGCUCUCAGCACUCAUCGGGAGGCUUGGCCUGGCCCAGCAGCUAGUGGAGAAGGGCGCCAACCCCGACCACCUCAGUGUGCUGGAGAAGACUGCCUUCGAGGUGGCACUUGACCGCAAGCACAGGGACCUUGCAGACUACCUGGACCCGCUGACCACCGUCAGGCCCAAGACAGAUGAGGAGAAAAGGCGACCUGAUAUUUUCCACGCAUUAAAAAUGGGAAACUUCCAGCUGGUCAAAGAGAUUGCUGAUGAAGACCCCAACCAUGUGAACCUGGUUAACGGGGAUGGGGCCACCCCGCUGAUGCUGGCGGCGGUCAUGGGACAGCUGCCUCUGGUGCAGCUGCUGGUGGAGAGGCAUGCCGACGUGGACAAGCAGGACAGUGCGCACGGCUGGACGGCCCUCAUGCAGGCGACCUACCACGGGAACAGAGAGAUCGUCAAGUAUCUGCUACACCAGGGCGCUGACGUUACUCUCCGUGCGAAAAACGGGUACACGGCCUUUGACCUGGUGAUGCUGCUGAGCGAUCCUGACACGGAACUUGUUCGACUGCUGGCAUCUGUCUGCAUGCAGGUGAAUAAAGACAAAGGCCGGCCCAGCCACCCGCCGCCUCUGCCCCACUCGAAGGUCCGACAGCCCUGGAGUGUCCCGGUGCUGCCUGACGACAAAGGCGGACUCAAGUCCUGGUGGAACCGCAUGUCCAAUCGGUUCCGGAAGCUGAAACUGAUGCAGACAUUGCCGCGUGGGCUGUCCAGCAACCAACCGUUGCCUUUCUGUGAUGAGCCAGAGCCAGCGCUGGACUCCACGAUGAGGGCAGCACCCCUGGACAAGACCAGCCGCUCUGGGCUCCCCGAUGUGGCCCCCAUGACCAAAGACAAUGGUACUGGGAACACAAGAGGAGAAAAGGAAGAUGCGUUACUGACAACCAUGCUUCGAAAUGGAGCCCCCUUCACCAGACUCCCGAGCGACAAGCUGAAGGCAGUCAUCCCCCCUUUCUUGCCCCCUUCCAGCUUUGAGCUGUGGAGCUCGGAUCGAUCCCGGACACGUCAUAACGGGAAGGCAGACCCCGUGAAGACUGUGCUGCCUCCGAGAGCUGGCAGAGGCCCCCCCACGGCUGGGGGGAGCGCGGACAGUACUCUCGUCAGGCCGGUUAAAUUUCCAUCUCUCUCCAGAAGCCCAGCCUCCCCCGCCAAUUCUGGAAACUUCAACCACUCACCUCAUUCCUCCGGUGGCUCCAGUGGGGGAGGAGGCGUGAGCAGGCAUGGUGGGGAGCUGCAUAACCGCUCAGGUGGCAGCAUAGACAGUGUCCUCUCCCAGAUCGCUGCCCAGAGGAAAAAAGCAGCCGGAUUAUCUGAGCAGAAGCCCAGCCACCGGUCAAGUCCUGUUGGGCCAGCGCCCAGCUCCAGCCCGUCUGAACUCCCGGUCUCCCCAGCAGGCGGCAGUGCUCCUGGUGGCAAGCAGAAACUGGAGAUGAGCAAAAGGCCUCCAUCUGGAACCUCCACGACCUCCAAAAGCACCUCCCCCACCCUCACGCCUUCCCCUUCUCCCAAAGGGCACGCGGCCGAGUCCUCCGUGUCCUCCUCCUCGUCCCACCGGCAGUCCAAGAGCAGCGGGGGCUCCAGCAGCGGCACCGUCACUGAUGAGGAUGAACUGACUGGAAUCCUUAAGAAAUUAUCACUUGAGAAAUAUCAGCCCAUUUUUGAGGAGCAAGAGGUGGAUAUGGAAGCCUUCCUCACGCUCACCGACGGGGACCUGAAGGAGCUGGGUAUUCAGACAGACAGAUCCAGGCAGCAGAUCUUGGCAGCAAUUUCUGAACUGAACGCAGGCAAGGGACGCGAGAGGCAGAUUUUACAGGAAACCAUUCACAGUUUCCACUCUUCCUUCGAGAGCAGCGCCAGCAACACCAGGGCCCCUGGAAACAAUCCUUGUACGUGA